CGGUAAACAAACGGAGGCGAGGAUACGUCACGCCGAGGGUAGCCACGGGGGAGAGAGAGAUUCAACUGAGAGUCGAGGACUUCAGAACCCGCUCCUAUCUCAGCGGGACGAGACCAUGCACUCUCCGAAGAGGACGGAGAGUGACUGGCAGGGGCUUGUGUGCGAGUUCUUAGUGUGCAAGCGUAAACUGGAGAGUAAGAAGGAUGCGCUGCUCAUCCUGUCCAAGGAGCUGGAUAACUGCCAGCAGGAGAGGGACCAGUAUAGGCUGAUGGCCAACCAGCUCCGGGAACGCCACCAGGGACUCAAGAAGAAGUACAGAGAGCUCAUUGAAGGCGGCGAUCCAUCCUUGCCGCCAGAGAAACGCCACCUGGUCAACCUGGCCCAGCUGCUGAGGGACUCCAGGGAGCGGGGCAGGAAGCAGGGCGAGGAGGUGAAGGAGCUCACCCAGAGGCUGAGCGACGCCCAGGGGGACAACAAGCUCCUGAGGAUGAGCAUCACGCGGCAGCGGCUUGGCGACCAGGACGUUGGCGUGCGCCACUUCCCAGCCUACGAGCGAGAGGACCUGGUUCUACAGCUGGAGCGGGCGGGGCUACAGGUGGUGGAGGCAGAGCAGAGCGUGGAGGCCCUGGCGGACGAGCUGCAGGACGUGAAGGCGGAGCGAGACGCUUUCCGGGAGAAGGCGGAGCGCCUGAACGUGGAGCUCAACCACAUCCUGGGGGGCCCCGGGGCCCCCAUCCUGGACCUGGACGCCCUCUGCACCGAGAACAGGUAUUUACACGAGCGCUUCAGCCAAGUUCAGGGGGAGGUGAGCCUCCUGAAGACCCACGUCGGGAAGUACAAGACCGCCCUGGAGAAGAGGAGAUUCCCCCAGGGGCGAUCCAGUGUUGGACUGACCGGCGUUCUCUCCGCCAAACAGGUCCAGGAGCUGCUCCUGGAGGAGUGUGGCUGUAGCCUUCCCGCCACGCCCCAGUCCAUCAGCGACCUGAAGGCCCUGGCCAGCGCCCUGCUGGACACCAUCCAGGAGAAGAACCUGGUGGUGCAGCACCAGAGGCACACCAACAGGAUCCUGGGGAACCGAGUGGCGGGUCUGGAGAGGAAGCUGAAGACCCUGGAGGUGUCUGGGCUGUGGAGUCUCCCAGGCGCCCGGGAGAGGAGCCCCGCCCUGGACGAGACCCUGCGGCCCGCCCCCCUCCUCGUCCCCACCGACGCCUCGGCGUGCCCCGCCCCCCCACCAGGUGACCAAACAGGAAGUGACCGGGCGUCGUCGGGACGGUGCCUCGCCGUCGACAGCGACCCCGCCACGGACGGCGCCGGCAGGGGGGGUGAAGCCGACCGCGGUGGCGCCACGGCAACGCUGGGCGGCCCUGAGGUCCAGCAGGGGGCGGAGUCCCACCGGGCCGUGAUUGACAGCCGAGCGUCGGAGACAGUGACGCUGACAGAGGAGGAGGAGGAGGAGGAGGGGCUGGUGGUCGAGGCUGUGGUGGAGGACGAAAGGGAGGAGGAGGGGGAGGGAGAGGAGGGGCUUGUGGUCGAGGGUGUGGUGGAGGAGGAGAGGGAGAGGGAGGAGAGGGAGGAGGCGGUGGAGGAGGGAGAGGAGGCGGUCAUGGCGCUGGUUGUCCCGGGCGACCGCGACGGAGAGGGGUCACGCGAAGACCCAUCCGGGAGCCAGGAGGAGCCCCUCUCCACCUCUUGCUCCUCCUCCUCCUCGCUCCUCCGCCAAGAGGAGGAAUGGGGUAUUCACUGCCCAUCGCGCCAAAGGGACUCCCGCCCCAACAGCAGCCUGGUUUAGACCCUGAGACUAACCAGAGGUACUGCUGUCGCUACGGUGGUUUUGUCUUUUAUUUAUUUAUUUAUCUAUUGUUUCCCGGGGAUUUCUAGCUUGUCGACAACAGUUCGGUCGGCUCACGUUUUGACCCAUUCGGGGAAAGAUGCUUCACGCUACACAAGAACGUGUGUAGCGUGAACCUAUGCCAGCAUGCCACACGUCCACGUACCACAGUGGAACACGCGGGGGCCUUUACACCCAGGCCAGUAUUGUUCGGUCUGCCACCAUCGAGCACAGCCCGAGGUGGCUUUGAGACACUUCUUGAUGUGAAGGAACUGACAGCCCUGAAAUCCACCCUGUUACCAAACCCCUUGCCCUACAGGAGCCGUUUAGGCAGGACAAACGACAAUCCUCGACCAUCAAGUCCGACGUCAACAAUGAAAUGGGUCAGUCCUACCCUCUGAUGAAAUUAUCACAAACGUUUAAUCCAAUCCUCUUCAUCAAGAUGUUCCUGGAAAUAAACCCUAGUUUAUUGGUCUUUGCUUACUGUUGGGACUAUCUUAAUAUGCUUUGUGUCCUUUUGAAUUUGUUAAUAGAUGGAUAAGAUACUGGGAAGUGGAUUUGGCUUUGUGGUGUUCAUGUGCCUUUUUGAAGAAGUGGUGUGCUACAGAUGGAUACUACUGACGCUCACAUAAAAUGUAUAAAAGCUAGCAUUGUG